AUGUCAAUAAAGUCGUCGUCCAAGUCGUCGCCCUCGUGCAUUUUCUUCAUGGCAAUAACCUUGUUGGUUGAAUCGCCCACCAUUUUGAACUCCUUCUCCUUGUUGGCAACCGUAGCAGGAUCCACCACCGGCUCUGUUUUGGCGGCGCUCUUGCUACCGCCAAACGGCCAGAACCAGGAUCUUGGUUUCUUAGCACUGGAGACGCUUGCCGUCACGUUGGAGAGUUCCACCGUGUUGAAGUCAAUCACCUGCGGUUCCGAAGACGUGUCAACCGCGGCCGCACCGGAUUUCGAGGACAUGAACAUGUUUGGGAAAUAG